GACCCGUCGUUCGUUCUCGUUCCACGUCACCGCCGCCGCCGCCGUCGUCGUCGUCGUCGUCGUCGUCGUGUGGCCAUCGAGGUGCUCGUUGUCGUGGUUACGCCUCGUGUAUAUCCGUCCGCCGUGCGAGACUACCGGUAGUCCGCGUGCCCGCUGAGCGAGCCAUCGUCGACACGCUGCGUCAGGAUCCCGGUGCCGAGGCUUCCGGCAGGAAAAUAUAAAAAAAAAAAACGAGAGAGAAUCGCGUCGGUGACGCGAGUGGUGCCCGCGGUGAAGCCAGGGGUAGUACGGGUAGCUUCGGGCGCGCUCGUCAGCCAACUCGCUUUCGACUACGACUGUGUGCACCGCGUAUAGGGUAGCGAGAGCGCGAGAGAAACGGGGGUUGCAAGGGGGUGCGCGCGGGAUUUCCGGGGUCGCGGAGAGGGCUAGAGGGAGCUAUCGACCACAUGUAAGGCGGCGGCGGCAGCGCUUGCACACACCGGCGCACACGGAUACACAACAUCGCGGACCUGUUGUCCAACUUGUUGCUCGUCCCUGCGAAGGCACACCCGCCCAUCUCCGGAGUCGAAGGAGUGCUUGUUUUCGAAAAAGGAGGUAGAGCCGGUCGCGAGAAAUCGGCGUCGGAUCGCAUAUCGAGACGCCGCGCUCCGAACGAACGAGCUCCGGCCACCCCCGGAAACACGGACGAAGAAGGCGAGGAUGGAAAUACGGCGAGAUUGAAACUCGAGGCUCUGAGGGAACGUACGUUUUCGACAAACGGGGAUUUCAAGUUGGAUUUCAAGCGAGGAAGGAAAGAGGAAAUUUUAACGAGGAUGGAUUAAUACGAUUUUUACCCUCAGUGUAUAAUUUUGUGCAAGCUUAAUACAGUGUUCGUUUGUUCGGAAUAUAUUGGAUCCUAUACUUCGUGAGAAAAUUAGGAUUCAUCCUGUGAGACUUCCGCUCUUUAUGAGUCAAGAAGAAGACAUCGAGGAAGAUUAGAUGCGGCAGAAGGCUCCACUCUUUCAUUCUCAGAGCAUAAUAUUCGUUUCCUACAACUCAAAGGAAACUAAUGGCGCGCGCCGAGUAAUUCAGAGGACCAACUUCUUAUAGAAACUCAGCUAUUCCUAUCGAAGCUCUCGAAGUCAUUUACUGUGAACACCAGAGCGUCGGUUAGACGUCACUAGAGAGCUUGCAAUUGACGAAGAUAAACAGGCCCGACUUUGCCAAUAAAGUAGCGGGUAAUCGUAUUUUAAUCGCAUCUCUUUCGAUAAUCAAACGAGAUUUUCCUCACCGAGGAUCAGAGAAACUCGCAUACAUCGUUCACCGAGAAGUUCUCAAUCGUCCAUCGGUCAGAAGCUCCAGAUCCUGUCGCGAUGAGGAUAUCGUCAUCAAGACACGCACGUCCCGAGGCAGCGACGUCAUCGGGAAUCGGCGUGACGAGACACUGCCUGGAACAACCGGGCGAGUGAAUCUCGCGGAGCCAAGAGCGACGGAAGUCCCAACGUGGAUUCGCGUACUCCCGGUGACGCAUGUACUUGCGGAAGCAGCGCAGGAUAACGUAUUCGCGACGGUGAAGCAGAGGAAGAGAGAAAAAAGAGAGCGAAAAAGAAGAGAGAGAGAGAGAGAGAGAGAGAGAGAGGAGGAAGGAAGGAGAGGAGAGAAGGGAGAUAAGCUAGAUGGAUAGAACGUGCACGUAGGACGUAUGCGUACGUUUUGCGAACGACAAGAUACGCGGCGGGCAUGAGGCCGGCGCCGUAGAGCAUGUAAAUCUUCCACCCGUGAAUAUACAACGAAAGCAAUACUACAAACAAGAGUCCUAUUGAAUAAUCGUGCAACGACGUUUAGAAUUAAAUCAAGCGAUAUCGCUGAGAUAGCCAUCUCGAGCUGAGCAUUUUAUCUUCCCUAAGGAGAGAGUCGUCCUCGCUUCUCCUUAUUACAGGGAGGAAUUUCGAGUGGAAGGAAUUCUGAUAGAAACAGUCGGCCGCCAAUAGAUCGAUACGAGACGACCAUGUCGCAUCUCGGGAUAUCUGAGAGGAAGCGCGCGAAUGGGAUGGGAUAAAUAACUGGAGCGUCGAUUGAGAGAUCGAUUGACGUCGUGUGUGCCUGGUGAAAUCUCCACAUAAAUCAUCAGGAAGAUAAAUCUAGCGUUUUCCCCAAAAAACGAAAACGAGCGGCAGGACGGUAUAUUAUAUUAGUUAACGGUAUAUUAAACGAUAUAUCGCAGUGUAUCGUUUGCCGGCGAGGAGUCGGGACUUCUGCAGAAAAAGAUUUGCGCGAUAUCCGCGAUUGAUACUUUCUUGAUCGUGGCACGAGAAAACGCGCUCGCAAUAAAGUACGCCGUCACACCGGGAGGACACCGAGGAAGGAAGAAGCUCAAGAGGGUUGUGUUUACCCUACGCCGGUUGUUUGGUGAUCUUAGAGCGAUAUUUCGAUAUUAAUCCUCGGUGAGAAGAGAGAGCGACGAUCAGCCAAGAUGCCGCGGUGCUAUAUGGUAAAGAAGGCCUUGUGCAACAAGUACAUAACCAGCGUUGCCAGAGGAUUCGAGAGCUGGGGCCGCGCAAGGAGCACGCCAUCGCCAACCAUCAUGCCGUUGCCCUUCUCGCCCGUAGAGGGAUACAUUGCGUCCCCUGUUGCACAAGAAUAUCGCUGUACGCCACCAAAAGACACAACGGCCAUCACGACUUCCGCCGUGGCCGAUGCAGAACCUUCGAAGGAACAACCGAGCGACACAGACACGUCGACUGUCGCGACAACAGUGACGAUGACACCAUCGGCAUCCGUCAUUACGAUGGCACCAUCGUCAUCCGUCAUCACGAUGGCACCAUCGUCAUCCGUCAUCACGAUGGCACCACCGUCAUCCGUCAUCAUGCCGACACCCACGACGGACUAUUCGAUGACGACGCGAAUGGAGACGACCGUCGUGAUUGCGUGCACCACCACGACGUCUUUGACGACUCUGUCUUCGACAGAAACGAUUGUCUCUCCCAUCGAGGAAAUUACAACGACGACAGUGAUGCCCUUACCUCCGUCGGUCGUGCGAACGACCCCCGAGAGACUCGAAGAGACCACGACGACGUCCAUCGCGACGCUACACCAUCCACCGUUCAUCAAAGAACCGUCUCCGCCGUCCAGCACGCCGACGUCCUAUCACUUGGAGGAUACCCCGGAGUAUUCGAGAACACCCGACUCUAGGAUACGAUUGGUCACCUCGUCUUGCGGCAUGCCCAUGUCCGACAACGUGUCGUCGUCCAUGUUUAAAGACCGCUCCCCGGCGGAAACGGAGGCGGCGCACGACCUCUUAGAGCUCUCUCGAUCGCUACCUCCGUUGCCGCCACCGAGCGUCGCGAUCGGUCCUCACAACGUAAUUGAGGCGCCAGCGACCGACGUCCAGGAAAUGACGGUCUAUCAACCGCCUGAGCAACCGAUCUACCAGGUGGACACAAUCGACCUGGCCAGCUCAACGAUUUACAGCCAUCAUCAUCAACAGGAGCAGCAGCAACAGCAGCAACAGCCCGCGGCCGGUAUCAUUUACGAAUCCAGCGCGACUAUCGUGCCAUCCUCGAGUAACGUUUUCAUACCUCUGUCACCGGUACAAGAGAUCCUGCUGACGUACAACACAUCUAGCAUACCGUGCACGUCGAUCGUCGCUCAAGAGCCGCAGCAUCAUCAGCCACCACCGCAGCAGGAACAGCAGCAGGAACAGCUGCAGGAACAGCAGCAACAACAGCAGCAGGAGCAGCAGCAGCAGGAACAGCAACCGCAGCAUCAGCAACAACAGGCAUUGCCACAGCAGCAACAGAUCGAAGCGACGCCACCCCUAACGCCGCCGACUUCCGAGUGCAGCAGCGAUAUCGAGAACAGCAACCCAAACUCGCAGCCGACGCAGAGAGACAAGGAGGUGCAAACCAUCACGGAGCAGACGGAGGGAGUGAAACCGGCCAGUUACACGUACGACACAUUGCUCGUCUCGGACGGCAGAUCGAAGAACAAGAGAAGAGAGCCCGCGCAAAAGAACCCAGAAGCUGAACCAAUCGAGGCGCCCGAGACCUCCAAGACCGGUCGUUACGUGUGCUGCGAGUGCGGCAAGCAAUACGCGACUUCGUCGAAUCUGUCGCGGCACAAGCAGACGCACCGCAGCAUCGACUCCCAAUCGGCCAAGAAGUGCAUCCACUGCGGCAAGGCGUACGUCAGUAUGCCCGCCCUGGCGAUGCACGUGCUGACGCACAAGCUCACGCACAGCUGCGGCGUGUGCGGCAAGAUGUUCUCGCGGCCCUGGCUGCUGCAGGGCCAUUUGCGCAGCCACACCGGCGAGAAGCCGUACGGAUGCGCCCAUUGCGGCAAGGCGUUCGCCGAUCGCUCGAAUCUGCGGGCGCACAUGCAGACGCAUUCGGCGGACAAGAACUACGAGUGCGCCAAGUGCCAUAAGUCGUUUGCCCUCAAGUCGUACUUGAACAAACACCUGGAGUCGGCGUGCCAGCGCGAGAACGAGGACAGCAACGACAUCGACACACCGCCAUAAGCAGCCAUAGUGCCGGGUUGCCGUUGAACCGGCGCCGCGACAAGCGGCAGCCGGUCGUGCACGACGUAAACUGAAGAUUAGAGCGGCGUCAUCACGUUGACUGGUGAAAAAAAAUAAUAGUUCGCUGCGUAGACAGUACUUUUGCUCAUGGACCAAGAAAGAAAAAAGGAUGAAAGAUGAACGAACGCACCCCUGGGAAGCCGCUGCUGGUCUUUCAUCGCCAUGCGGAUGCGAUUGGUUUCGAUUGUUUUGCACUGGAAUUCGAGUCAGUCGGGUCUAUCGUUGCGCUUGAUUACGGCAGCAAGUCCUCAUAUUCCCUUUGUCUCCGCUGCAAUGCCCGCGGAGCUAAAAAAAAAUUAAAAAAAAAAAAAAAACUCGCACUUCUAAAGCUCGAAGUCGGGUUUAACGUUAAAUUCUCGGAUACUCGUUUGUGAAUUUGAAAGUGUCGCAACGCUACACAGGCAUUCCCACAAGCAGUCAAUAUUAACUUUUAGUCGAACUGUUUAAAUACCCGAAAUCGAUGUUUUCAUGCAAUUCAGAGUCUCUCUUAUUGUUGUCCGCCAAUUUACGAAAAGCCUUUCGGCUUUUCUUCUUCCUAAAGCAAAAUAUUUUUUCUCUUUGAAAGAGUAUUAAUACGAUUGUAAUUGCAUUUUGAAUCCAGAUCUCUCGGAUAACUUGUAAGAGCUCUGUUCUCUGCUAAUCCAGGUUUGGAUUGGAUCGGGAAACACGCGAAGCGGUAAGAGAGAACUUUCAAUUAGUCGAUAAGAUUUUGCUCGAAAUUACAGAAUGGGCUAAUGACUUGCUGUCGUUGUUGAGAAGAGCCUCGGCUCUUUUGUGCAUCAUAGACGACGAUCAGACGUCGAGUCACCGGUAACAUCCAAUUUCAACGAGUAUCUCUCGGUAAGCGCAAAGUGAUUCGAUUUACUUGCCGGCUUAAACGUCGCGGAUGAGCGGACGCGGGCGAAAAUCUCAGGCUGAGCGGAAACGAGGACGAGAGAAGGUAAUUGACAUAUCGGCGUCUCUGGAUCUCGCGCUCGUCUCUUCCUUCUCUCGCGGGAAGAGGAAUUUCUCUGAAUAUUUCACCGCGCACUGUUUCUUUCGGUUCCAAGCACAUAUUCGGGAUAUUUUUAGGAUUGUUUUUUCCGAUUUUUCUCGAUGUUGAGAGUGCGGAGAAGAGUCUCGCGAAUUGCCGCGCGCGGAUCUCCGACGAGCGAAUAAAUAUAUCGUUGAUAAAUAAUGAAAAUUGAAAAGCUAAACGGAGGUGGUGGUAAUGGUAUGUGGAAGUAAUAAAAAUACAAAUUGCGGGAUAAAGGGAGACAUCUGGAAUUUCACUAUUUUCGGCAAAAUACAAAAAAAUGUUGAGAGGUGAUCGCGGCAGUCAGUGAUGUCAAACUCAAGUACUUUUAUGUUGCAUAUCGUAUUGUUGAUUCGGCGACAAAUCAACGUGAUAUGCAUUUAUAAAAUUUGAAAUUGGACGAGAGUGCACUUGAAAUUUUUUUUUCUAUUUUUUUUACCGUACCACUUUUAUCCAUUAUUGGAUAGUUUCGCCAACGUCACAGUUUGCUAGAAUCUAAUUUAAGCGAUUCUUUGUCUUUCUAUAACAUUGAAACUAGAACGGAGAAUCGAUUAAACUGAGGACUCAAACUUGAUGAAACUGGCCGGUUACUUUUUCAGUCGCUGCCGAGGAACGAUAAAGUUUUACGAUAAAGUUUCAUAUAAAAUGCACUUCUAUUUCUCAGUAAAAACCGUGCUUAAUUUCUACAAAGUGCCGUAACCUAGCGGUAUUAGCGUACGCGCUUCAAAACUCGUGCGAUCUCGAUCGUUGAGAGAUCUCUUUAAUGCACAGAGAAACUUCUUUUCCACCGGCGAGUAGAUCUGUAUUUUGAUUCGCGCUAGUCGUUUUAGGUAAGUCUGCCGUGAGGAUGCUCCGACAUAAAGUGAUAUCAAUGUUUCAAAAUGUUUUUGGCCGUCUUCUUGCCGAGAAUCGAUACGAUAAUAUCGCAGAUGCAUCUCACUUCGUGAAUUCGUAAAAAUGACGAAUCGAGAUGCUUUCAGAAUGAGCAGCGAUAAAGUCGAUCGUAGACGAGGUAUAAGUGCAAUACCUUUCCCGUAGCUUAUAAAAGCUCACUUUUUUCAUCCAUCUUUGCUCGACGAUAAAGAUUCGCUCGUUGUUCUCUUCCGGGAAAGAAAGAUCCUGCGUAAUAAAAAAAUAUCUUUACUACAAUUUUAUUUACCAGAAAAGCGCACUGCAAAUCCAAGUAUAUUAUUUUUC